AGUUUAUUUCACUUGGGGAACAAGUAUAAGCUAUAUCAGCAAAUGCAUUUUUUUGCUGGUAUAAACUGCAUCUGCGAUAGGAGGGUUUGCCAGUAUGGCUAUACCUAUAAACCUUUAUACACCAUGAUCUGGUUUGCUUAACUGGGUGCAAUCAAACUAUAUACGUUUCCAUUACAGUCAAAUGCAAAGUCCAACAUGUAGGAACAAAGAAUGCCAGCCAUGCUUACAGGAUGGGAGGCUGUGUCCUGGAAAGCAGUGGCUCUGAAAAGGACUUAGGGGUCAUGGUAGAGACCAACCAAACAUGAACUCCCAGGGUGACGCUGUGGCUGAAAGGACUAAUGUGAUUCUUGGCUGUAUAAACAGGAAUAUCAAGCAGGAGUAUUACAUAUGUGUGUAGCACAGGUGAGACCACUACUGGAAUAUGGUGUCCAGUUCUGGUGUCCAUCUUUCAAGAAUGGUUCAGAAAAAGCUGCAAGAAUAAUUAGAGUACUGGAAACAGGUUUUAUAGGGAGAGGCUUAAGGCACUCGAUCUAUGAAUCUUAUCAAAAAGAAGAUGAAGAGGUAACGUGAUCAUGGUCUGUCAGUACUUACAUGGGGAGAUUUCUGAAAGCAGGGGGCUCAUUAAUCUAGCAGAUAAAUGCAGAAUGAAAUCCAGUGGCUGGAAGUUAAACUAGACAAACUCAAACGGGACAUAAGGCACACAACGGUAAGGAGAAUUAAUCGUUAGAACUACCUGCCAAGGAAUGUGGUGAAUUCUCCAUCACUGAAAACAUUUCCAUCAAAACUCAUUGUCUUCCUGAGAUGACCACAAAUUCUUGGGCUUAAUGCAGGAAUUACAAGUUACAUUUUUUUUGCCUUGUGUGACGCAAGAGGGACAACAAGGGGACCCCAUGUGAUCCCUUCUGGUCCUAAGAUCUACGAAUCUAGGAACUGUGGCCAGUUUUAUAUUUUGUAAAAUAAUAUUGCACUUUAAGGUCUGGUUGACAAGUUUCUGUGUCAGAUGUAGAGUUGGGCAAUUAUCCUAACAAGCACUGUUUGUUCCAGAGGAAUACUGUAUUGUGUUUGGGUGAUGCUAUUUGUGUUUGGGUGAUGCUAUUUGGGUAUUUAGUGGUAUAGCUCAAAAUACAAUCUCUGAAAUAUAAAGGGAUCUUUACAGUUCAUGCAAAAAGUGUAAGUCAGAUAUUUGUGGUUGGAAUUGUUGUACAUAUUUGCAGUAGGUCUUCUGCAUUUCUUCUUUCCAUUUCUGUGAUUAUUUUGGGUGGUAAUAUCCAUAGAUUUUCACCAUUACUUUGGUGUAAUUCUCCAGAAUUGCCUGAAACACUGUGCCCAGUUAGCAGGGGUUCUGGGAAAGGGUUACAUGAGUCCUGCUGAUUCACAGAGGCAGGUGACUCAUUGCUCCAUCUAGGAGAUGGGAGUGUCUCAGUGGGGAGAGAGGAUCUAGGGUGCGAGCUGAGCAGUUUUGAUUGAGGGAGGAACUCUAGGAGCAUCCCAGUCUGGGGAGAAGAUUGUAUUGUUCUUGUCUGUGUUCAUAAAACCAAACCUUGGGAAGGAGGUGGGUUUGGACUAUGAGAGCAGGUUGGGAACAGCUCCUGUUCCCAAAGUGACUUCUCAAACUGGUGAAAGACCCUUACUUUGGGAUUUCCUGUGGUUUUUAGUGUCUUUGUUAUUUUGCGACUGAACUCCAUGGUAGGCAGGUUUUUGUGGUGGUCAACAAUAUACACACAAGCAGCCAGUGGCACAGACAAAUGCCCAUAGAGUAUGAACGCAGGCACAUAGAGUGUGAACUCCAAGACACACAACACAUGGUAUGAACAGAGGCAGCCACAUGCAGACAGAUGCACACAUGUUAUACACUCAGGCAGCCAAAUACACAAGCAUAUGGCAACAACGCAUAGCCGGCAUAAGGGAACUGGAGAGACAUCCACCUGGGGCUCAAACACAUAGGAACACAGAUCCAUGCACAAAAAUAUACAGGUACAUAACGGGAAACAUGCCUCUGCAAAGGCAGCCACAAUCCCCUACACAUCCAGACGUACACACAGCCAAGCACAUGUGGUAUGCACACCCACAGCCCUGCGCACAUGAUCGGCACACAUUGCCAUGCAAAGACAUGUACACACAGUAUGCACACACAAACCUGUGCACACAGACAUGCACAUAUGGCGUGCACACACAGCCACCCACGGGUGGCAUGCUGGGCACACACAGGCAUGCACAAACAGCUAUGCACCCACAGUAUGACACUGUGCAUGGAGCGAGUUACAUUCACAAAGAGUGAAAAAUGUCAAGAGCAGGAGCUGCCUCCCCCUCCCCCCCGACAUCCUGAGUGUGUCUGCAGUAACACAAUGAGCCCCUGAGGAGCUGUGAGUGGAAUCACUGAAGGAAACUGCUGGCUGUGCUUCCUCUCUUCAGCCCAGCCCUGUCCUCUGAACCCUGCACACAGCGGCUGGAGCCAUGGGCACGUCUGCCGAGCCGGAGGAGGACUCCAGCAGUCGCAGAGAUGAGGAAUGGCCAGAAGUGGAGAAGGCGGAGAAGUUAGCAAGAGGCGCUGCUUUGAAAUGGGCCUCGGCGGUGUUUUACCGCCCGGACAAGUUGGAGGGUCUGGGACACUACCGGAGCCGGGAGGCCCAGCGAAACAGCUCGAUCCAAUCCCGGCUAAAGUCGACCGUGCAGUCCCACCUGGAGGGGGUGAGCUCGGGGCUGGAGCAGCUGCGCUCAGCGGCUGGGGACAUGCGGAGCGUGCGCCGGGAUCUUUGCGCCGUGCGAUGGCACCUGCUGGGCAGUGCCGAGGGCGUCCAGAGGCUGGCGCCGCUGCGGGCUGUGGUGACGGAGCACGCGCAGAUGGCUGCCGUCAUGCGGGCGCUGCCCCAGCUCUCCUCAGUACACGAGCUCCUUGCCCAGUCCCUCCAUCUCCUCCAAGGCCAGCAGCUCCUGGAGGCCCACGCCGGGCUCAUGGCGCUGGAGCGCCUGCGGGACGACAUCUCCUCCCAGCUGCACUGCAGCAGCAGCCUCCCGAACGACCAGGCCCUGGGCGUGGUGGAGUCCUUCUUCGGGGGCCUGCAGGAGCUGAGCGACGCACUGGCCCAGCAGCUGUGGCGCGUCGUGGGCGGCAGUGUGAGGCUGGUGCAGGAGGACCCAGCCCUCUUCGUCUCUGCCGUGCGGAUCAUUGAGAGAGAAGAGAGCGUCGAUGAUGCCCUGCUGCUGGGACCCCGCGCCCACCGCUUCCCUGCCCCUGGGCGCCCCAAAGCCUGGAGGCAGCGGUUCUACCAGGUCAUGCAGGAGACCAUCGCUGCUGCCCACUUCAAGGCCGCUCACGGGGACGUGAAGGGCCCGGGACUGGGCCGGCACCUGGCCGCGCUGCAGAGUGACAUCCUUGCGGAGCUGCGUGUGGUGAAAGACCUGAUGGUGCAGUGCUGCCCACCUCACUAUGACAUCCUCAGCAUCUGCACCCGCAUGUACCACCAGGGCCUCUCCGACCACCUGCAGGACAUCCUCAGCAGGGACCUGGACAAACAAGAGAUCUUCAUGCUCCUCAGCUGGGUUCUGCAUGUGUACCACAGCCCGGAAAUGAUGGGUCACCCAGACCUUCUCCCCGAGGUGGACGUGUCUACUCUGGAGCCCCUGGUGUCCCCAGAGGUGGUGGAGCAGAUGGAGAGGAAAUAUGUGGUGAAAGUCAAGGCCAGCGUGACUGAGUGGAUGAGGCGCACGCUGGAGGUGGAGUUCAAGGAGUGGUUCAGAGAGGAGGAACCAGAAAUGGAUCAUCUCGGCUUCUUCCAGUCGGCCCUGCCUGUCAUCGUCAUGCAGAUGCUGGAUGAGAAUAUCCGGGUGGCGUCCCAGGUCACGGGCUCUCUGCAGCAGAAGAUUUAUGCUAUGGCCAUGGACGAGCUGGAGGCCUUUCUGAUCAGGCUGCGAGAGGCCCUGGGGGAGUGCGGGAAGGAGCACCAGAAGGACCGAGCCAGGCCCAAGCAUUACAUCUCCUACCUGCUGGCCGUGCUCAACAACAACAUGGCGCUGAGCUCUUCCAUCUCCACUUUGCACCCUGGCAGUGCAUCUCUUGCCAAGCCCGCUGAAAUCCCCUCUUCCCUGAAGACUGCGCUGGACCGGACCCAGAAGAAGGCCUGCCGGCUGCUGCUGGAGGAGCUGCUGCUGGAUUUGCAGCCCCUGUCCGUGCAGCUGCCGUCCCGCAAGUGGCUGCCUGGGGCCCAGCUGGUGAACAGCAUGUGCGAGGUGAUCGACAAGUACAUGAGAGACUUCUCCCACGUCCGGAAACCCAUCUUCACGUUCCUGUUGGCCGAGAGCGAGCACCUGGUCAUGAAUCACUACGUGCGGGCGCUCAUGGAGAAGAAGAUGGUGUGCCGGAGCGCUGAGGAGCGGAGCCAGCUCUCCACCCGGCUGCACCAGGAUGCCUGCCAGCUGAGGGAGCUUUUCCACAACCUGGGCCUGGCCGAGAGCGAGCAGACCCUCGAGGUGAUAUUCGCCCUCCAGGAGCUCAUCCGCCUCCAAGACCCGGCCUUGCUCAGCCUGGAGGUCCUGGGAUUUAUGACGAAGUACCCCGAUAUCAGUGACGAGCACGUCUCCAUCCUGCUGGAUCUGCGGGGCGAUGUCUCCAAGGAGGUCCGGAACGUGGUGUUGGAAAUGAUGGCGCAGAAUCCUCAGUCCCUGCCCGAAAACUACCAGCCCAUCUUCAGCAACAUCCUGGUCCCGGCUCCGGAGCUCCCCUUCUGCCUUCGCAAGGGCAAGUGUGCCUGAGACACGCACGCUGCAGCCCGGCUGUCUGCAGCCUGCCCUGGCCAGCGUUGUCUCCGAAUGACGGACCUCUGAGAGGCCCUGGGUGGGACUGGGCAGAAGCCCCGUCUGGGCUCCGGAAACGGGGCAGGGAAAGCCUGGGCAUCAGCCCUGCUAUGCAGGGAGGAGACGGGAGGCUUCCGCACCCAGUUCCCACUGGCUGACACCUUGGCACCUGCUUUGCUGGCCCAGGGAGCCCUCAGCCCACUGAGCCCCCGGCACCCUAACCGUGGGUGGGCUAAACCACCAGAUUCAGCUCUGCCCAUUCGGGUCUCCAGGCCUCUGCUCUGUGCUGCUUCCCAGCUGCCCCCUCUGCUCAGCCCUCCCAGCGUAUGUGCAGCCCAGAGCCUGCGGAGGGGACAGGCCAGCCAAGGCUGGUAGCUUCACAUGGUGGGAUCACGGCAGUGGUGAGCAGAAAGGGAAUUUCCCCAGGAUUCCUUCCCCAGGUCCAGCCACAAGCACUUCCUCCCCGCCCCUCCCCACUCCCAUGCCCUUCGCGUGCCCAAGGCAGGAUGUUACCACGUGGUGCCAGAGGCCAGCUGAGAGCACGGCCUGACAGGUUCUGACUGGGCUGGGCAGAAUUCAGCUAGUGGUUCAUCAUUUUGAUGGAGAACAUUGAUGUUUAAGCAUUUUUUUAUUUUGAUCUAUUUAAAUGUUCACAGCAGAAUCCAUGGAGGGUCAGAUAAUGGAGGCAUCAGACAAUAAUUAUUUAGCGACAGAGGACGUUCAGAUUCCCCAAGUUAAAGCUUUAAUGCCGUUUAACAUGAACUGCCAACAUCCCAUGUCAGAAUAUACACAGUAAAGACCCUUUGAUCAAACUCAAAGAAGAACUUCAGCCGCGUUGUUCUUCCUUUGCCGGUCGGUACAGUUUGAUGAUUAUCGAGGGAAAUGUUUUUCAUUGGGGGGAGGGGUGCAGUGAAAUCAAUGUGUACUGACAUUUCCCAGUACAUAUCGAUUCCUUCCCGGCCUAGUUAUAACACAGACAAAUCCAAACGCUCUUGCAACUAGAGUUGCCAACUUUGUAAUAUAUAAAUCACACACUCCAGCCGGAGUGCCAGAACCUCCCCUGCCCCUCCUCUUUCCCCCCAAGGCCCCACCUCCCAUUCACUCCUCUUCCCCCGUCCUAUUCCCUGCCCGGGAUCAUAGGAAUUGCAGUAAUCAGAGCCAAGUGCAGAGUUUGGAUGAUCCAUCCUGAAAUAGGCAGUGUCCAGAAUGUCAUUCUGUUACACGCCACAGUCAGGGUAGGUGUCUCUCAGCAAUGCAGCAGGGCGGAGAAAAGGAAAGAGCCACAUUACAUGGAGUAAAAGGAGGAAGUUCUCCCCGAUGGACAUGCUGGGUUUUCGUAGGGCGCUGAAAUACCAUUGCCAGGAGGCAGCUUUGUAAACACGAGCGAUGCUCACUGGACUCCUACAGGUUUGUCAACAUGUUACAUUUGUUGUGGGCCACCUUGAGAUGCUUUGCAUUAAAAUGCCGGGUAGCGACGAACAAACAAAAGGCUUUGUUGCAAAUCACCCAGCGUGUUAAGGUGUGUUCUCAAACCCAUGUUGGACGGGGGUCCACUGAGCUCACCUGUAGCAAAGCAAGUGUGCAUCCGUCCGCAGCGAGCGGUGCUCUGCCAGAGCACACUGCUUUGCUGGCGACCUGGCUUCUGCCUGUGCGCCUCUUUCGCUCGAGGGGCCUCCCCUAUGAGAGAAGGCUGGCUCUAUGCCAGGCAGCAGGAGCCAAGGGCCAGGAAGGGCUGAAGGAAGAGGAGCAGCAGAGGGCC